AUGGCUUCGGCUUGCGGGGCGCCGGGCCCGGGGGGUGCGGGGCCCGGGGGCGCGCUGGGCAGCCCGGCCCCCGCCUGGUACCACCGCGACCUGAGCCGAGCUGCCGCCGAGGAGCUGCUGGCCCGGGCAGGCCGCGAUGGCAGCUUCCUGGUCCGAGACAGCGAGAGCGUGGCGGGAGCUUUCGCGCUCUGUGUCCUAUAUCAGAAGCAUGUGCAUACAUACAGAAUUCUACCUGAUGGAGAAGACUUCCUGGCCGUGCAGACCUCGCAGGGCGUGCCCGUGCGCCGCUUCCAGACCCUGGGUGAGCUCAUCGGCCUGUAUGCCCAGCCCAACCAGGGCCUUGUGUGCGCCCUGCUGCUCCCUGUGGAGCGGGAGCGAGAGCCAGACCCACCGGACGACCGUGAUGCCUCAGAUGGGGAGGAUGAGAAGCCCCCACUGCCCCCACGCUCUGGCUCCACCAGUAUUUCUGCCCCCAUGGGGCCCGGCAGCCCCCCAGCAGCCCCUGAGACUCCCACAACUCCAGCUGCUGAGAGUGCUCCCAAUGGGCUGAGUACUGUCUCGCACGAGUACCUGAAGGGUAGCUACGGACUGGACCUGGAGGCUGUGCGAGGUGGAGCCAGCAACCUGCCCCAUCUUACCCGCACCCUGGCCACCUCCUGCCGGAGGCUGCACAGUGAGGUGGACAAGGUCCUGUCGGGCCUGGAGAUCCUGUCCAAGGUGUUUGACCAGCAGAGCUCUCCCAUGGUGACCCGCCUUUUGCAGCAGCAGAAUCCACCACAGACUGGGGAGCAGGAACUAGAGAGCCUGGUGCUGAAGCUGUCCGUGUUAAAGGAUUUUCUGUCAGGCAUCCAGAAAAAGGCCCUAAAGGCCCUGCAGGACAUGAGCUCCACAGCCCCGCCGGCGCCGCUGCAGCCAUCCAUACGUAAGGCCAAGACCAUCCCCGUGCAGGCCUUUGAGGUGAAGCUGGAUGUGACCCUGGGUGACCUGACCAAGAUUGGGAAGUCACAGAAGUUCACGCUGAGCGUGGAUGUGGAGGGUGGGAGGCUGGUGCUGCUGCGGAGACAGCGGGACUCACAGGAGGACUGGACGACCUUCACACACGACCGCAUCCGCCAGCUCAUUAAGUCCCAGCGUGUCCAGAACAAGCUGGGAGUUGUGUUUGAGAAGGAGAAGGAUCGGACGCAGCGCAAGGACUUCAUCUUUGUCAGUGCCCGGAAGCGGGAGGCCUUCUGCCAGCUGCUGCAGCUCAUGAAGAACAAGCACUCGAAGCAAGAUGAGCCCGACAUGAUCUCUGUCUUCAUAGGCACCUGGAAUAUGGGAAGCGUACCACCUCCGAAAAACGUGACAUCUUGGUUCACAUCGAAGGGUCUAGGGAAAACCCUGGAUGAAGUCACAGUGACCAUACCCCAUGACAUCUAUGUCUUUGGGACCCAGGAGAACUCGGUGGGCGACCGCGAGUGGCUGGACCUACUACGCGGGGGCCUCAAGGAGCUCACAGAUCUGGAUUACCGCCCGAUUGCCAUGCAGUCACUGUGGAACAUCAAGGUGGCUGUGCUGGUCAAGCCAGAGCACGAGAACCGAAUCAGCCACGUCAGUACAUCCAGCGUGAAGACUGGCAUCGCCAACACCCUGGGAAACAAGGGGGCUGUGGGUGUCUCCUUCAUGUUUAAUGGCACCUCAUUUGGCUUUGUGAAUUGCCACCUUACCUCGGGAAAUGAGAAAACUGCCCGGCGGAACCAGAACUACCUGGACAUCCUGCGGCUGCUCUCACUAGGUGACCGACAGCUCAGUGCCUUUGACAUCUCUCUGCGUUUCACUCACCUCUUCUGGUUUGGGGACCUCAACUACCGCCUGGACAUGGAUAUCCAGGAGAUCCUGAACUACAUCAGCAGGAAGGAGUUUGAGCCCCUGCUCAGAGUGGACCAGCUCAACUUGGAGCGUGAGAAACACAAGGUCUUUCUUCGAUUCAGUGAGGAGGAGAUCUCCUUCCCACCCACCUACCGCUAUGAGCGGGGUUCCCGGGACACAUAUGCCUGGCACAAGCAGAAGCCAACUGGGGUCCGGACCAAUGUGCCUUCAUGGUGUGACCGGAUUCUCUGGAAAUCCUACCCUGAGACCCACAUCAUCUGCAAUUCCUAUGGUUGCACUGAUGACAUCGUCACCAGCGACCACUCCCCUGUGUUUGGGACAUUUGAGGUUGGAGUUACCUCUCAGUUCAUCUCUAAGAAAGGUCUCUCAAAGACUUCAGACCAGGCCUACAUUGAGUUUGAGAGCAUUGAGGCCAUUGUGAAGACAGCCAGCCGCACCAAGUUCUUCAUUGAAUUCUAUUCCACCUGCCUGGAGGAGUACAAGAAGAGCUUUGAGAAUGAUGCCCAGAGCAGUGACAACAUCAACUUCCUCAAGGUGCAGUGGUCUUCACGCCAGCUGCCCACGCUCAAGCCAAUUCUGGCUGACAUCGAGUACCUGCAGGACCAGCACCUCCUGCUCACGGUCAAAUCCAUGGAUGGCUACGAAUCCUAUGGGGAGUGUGUGGUUGCACUCAAGUCCAUGAUUGGCAGCACAGCACAGCAGUUCCUGACCUUCCUGUCCCACCGUGGCGAGGAGACAGGCAACAUCCGUGGCUCCAUGAAGGUGCGGGUGCCCACAGAGCGCCUGGGCACCCGUGAGCGACUCUACGAGUGGAUCAGCAUUGAUAAGGACGAGGCAGGAGCAAAGAGCAAAGCCCCCUCUGUGUCUCGAGGCAGCCAGGAUCCCAGGUCAGGGAACCGCAAGCCAGCCCCCGCAGAGGCCUCCUGCCCACUGUCCAGGUUAUUCGAAGAACCAGAGAAACCACCACCAACUGGGAGGCCCCCAGCCCCACCUCGAGCCGCUCCCCGGGAGGAGCCCUUGACCUCCAGGUUGAAGGCAGAGGGGGCUCCAGAGCCGGAAGGGGUGGCGGCCCCCCCACCCAAGAACAGCUUCAAUAACCCUGCCUACUACGUCCUUGAAGGGGUCCCACACCAGCUGCUGCCCCCGGAGCCACCCUCGCCUGCCAGGACCCCUGUUCCACCUGCCACCAAGAACAAAGUGGCCAUCACAGUGCCUGCUCCACAGCUUGGGCGCCACCGGCCCCCUCGUGUGGGAGAGGGGAGCUCAUCAGAUGAGGAGUCUGGGGGCACACUGCCCCCUCCAGACUUUCCACCACCACCACUGCCAGACUCGGCCAUCUUCCUGCCCCCCAGCCUGGACCCUUUGACAGGGCCAGUGGUCAGGGGCCGCAGUGGGGGUGAGGCCCGUGGCCCACCACCUCCCAAGGCCCAUCCAAGACCCCCACUACCCCCAGGCCCCUCACCUACCAGCACUUUCCUGGGGGAGGUAGCCAGUGGGGACGAUCGUUCCUGCUCAGUGCUGCAGAUGGCCAAGACGCUGAGUGAGGUGGACUAUGCUCCUGCUGGGCCUGGCCGCUCAGUGCUUCUGCCAGGCCCCCUGGAGCUGCAGCCACCCCGAGGACUGCCCUCAGACUAUGGUCGGCCUCUCAGCUUCCCUCCACCUCGCAUCAGAGAGAGCAUCCAGGAGGACCUGGCAGAGGAGGCUCCGUGCCCGCAGGGCGGGCGGGCCAGCGGGCUGGGCGAGGCGGGCAUGGGCGCCUGGCUGCGGGCCAUCGGUUUGGAGCGCUAUGAGGAGGGCCUGGUGCACAAUGGCUGGGACGACCUG